GUAAGAUCCAAAAGCAGGGGGCUUGCAUUCAUCAGGGUUUAUUGGUUGAUUUGAAAAUUAUAAGGGUAAAUAAAAGGUCUAAUGAGAAAGGACAAAAGAGAGAGAGAAAGAAGAAGAAAUCGUACAUUGUGUAGCAUAUAUAUAAAAAAAUGUCAACACUAAAGAAUUGCAAGAGAAAGCGAUGAGAGCGGGCAAUGAAGACAACCAGAAGAUCAAACAUAUAUAUUUCCUCAUGAACAAAGGAAACAACUGUUCUUGAAUGGUAUCCUUUUUUUGAAAACCAAUGCUUCUCAUAUUAUCACAGCCUAAUGAUGGCCAAUUUUUUGUAAAAUAAACUCAUAUCCCUACAUGAUAGUGUUAAAGGAAACCUACAUGAAGAAUCAGAAAGGGGAAAAACGAUAAUACCAUCCGAAUGAACCAAACCAAAUUUUGAUAACAGGAAAAUGAAAGAUUCGAAAUUCCACUUUCCACAACACCGAUUCUCUUCGCUAUGCUGAACAGGUUGAAAGAUCACUGGCUUCAAGCCGUCAGGCCGAUUGAGGAGUCAGUACUACUAGUCACAAAUGCUCGUACAUCCAUGAGAUCAUUGAAAGCUUGUUCUUCAGAUUUAGCGCCCGCGGUAUUUUCGGAAGUUUCAAGGGGAGUGAGAGAUUGGGGAUCAGAUGGAGAGCUGCUAACAGCCGUGGACUUAUUGACAGUGAGAGCUGAAGGGGAUGUGGAGGACGAGGGAUGAUCCGAUGAUGCAGGACUACGGCCGUUGACGCUGCUUGGCGC